GUUUGAGUUAUCCAGAGCUAUAGACUGGCUAACCAGUUUGUUCGCUCACACAAUCAGGAGUGGAGAUAAAAACCAUUCCUACCAGUAGCCCAGAAGUGUUAGCUAAUGAUGUCUCUGAAGCUGAUGUUGAAGUCUUUAAUGAAAUCCGUAGUGAGAUCUUAUUAACCUCCAUUAAGCUGCAAAGUGCCAAUAUGUGGUGGUAUAAAAGCACCACAUACUGUGGGAAAUCUCUAAAGAUGGAGAAAGUACCACAUUAAUCUCACUUAAAGAGCAGCAGCUGCACCAGUCCAGCUGUGAGGGGUAAUGUUGCACAUCUGCCCAGAUGUUACAGGUUAACUCGUUGGAUAAAUAACUCCACAGUUUGGUAGCUUUCCCCACGUCUCUAAAAUAUGGAUGUCCAGUUGUGUCCUCUGUAGAAGCUCCCUGCCGCACCCCACCCUCUCCGUGAAUCCCUGUGUGUGUGUGUGUGUGUGUGUGUGUGUGUGUGUGUGUGUGUGUGUGUGUGUGUGUGUGUGUGUGUGUGUGUGUGCGUGGAUAAAUGUGUGUGCGCACAUUCCUUCGCAUCCAGAGGAGCGACAGUCAGGUUGAGGCUCCGCGCAAAGAGGACACACUCUCCACGGGGGGAAAAAAAACACCAUGCAGGCGGACCGCAAGAUGGUGGACGGCAGCCUCCUGGGAGAUGCGAACGGCGUGGAUCCAGCACCGGGCCGGGUGAAGAACUCUGGGAAGUGGCAGAAGCCCAGGUUCUCCAGGAAAGCUCUGAUGAAGUGCUGCCUGGUGAAAUGGAUCAUCGCCAGCACGCAGCCGCAGGACAAAGAUAGCAGCGACAGUGACCUGGAGCUGUCAACAGUGCGUCACCAACCUGAAGGGCUGGACCAGCUACAGGCCCAGACCAAGUUCACCAGGAAGGAGCUUCAGUCUCUUUAUCGAGGCUUCAAGAACGUACGUCAAGCUGAGGAAUGUCCCAGUGGGAUGGUUGAUGAGGAGACGUUCAAGUCCAUCUAUUCUCAGUUCUUUCCCCAAGGAGACGCUUCCACUUAUGCCCACUUCCUCUUCAAUGCCUUCGAUAUUGACAGAAAUGGCUCAAUCCGCUUUGAGGACUUUGUCAUUGGCCUGUCAGUUCUGCUGAGAGGUUCGGUCACAGAGAAGCUCAACUGGGCCUUCAAUCUCUACGACAUCAAUAAGGAUGGUUACAUCACCAAAGAGGAGAUGCUUGCAAUCAUGAAGUCCAUUUAUGACAUGAUGGGGCGAUACACGUACCCCUGUGUACGAGACGAUGCACCGUCAGAGCAUGUUGAUAAGUUCUUCCAGAAAAUGGACAAAAACAGAGACGGGGUGGUGACUAUCGAAGAGUUCAUUGAGACGUGUCAGAAGGACGAGAACAUCAUGAACUCCAUGCAGCUGUUUGAAAAUGUGAUAUAAAACAGAGCUGGAUUCUCUCAGUAGAUUUUCCCUCAUUAGCACGUCUAAUUACCCAGCCACCUCACCCAGUUCUCAGGCGCUGUACUAACACUUAGAACUGCUACUGAAUUACAACAUAGGUACUGUAAAAACACAGAAAGCACACAUUUGUUUCCGCUCCCCUCUGCACUUCUUCAGCCGCAUCAGAAACUGUCCCUGGAUUUCAAAGGACUGCUUCAGAGUGACGAUCAGCUUCCUGAAUGGCAUUUUCUCCCACAACAGAAGAACUCCUAGUGCAUCCAUCAUGAGAUGAUCACUGACCCGACCCGAAUCCUCUUGGAACCAAGCUUUAGCACCAACGUACGCACUCAUGUAGAGACAGACGUUUUAGAUCAAAGGAAAAAUAUUUUUUAAAAAUUCACAUAAAAAGAGAAAGCAUGUUUGAAAUAUGAGAUUAGCUUGCACUAAAAUUUUCUGAUUAUGUAUAAAACCUUUGUAGAUACCUGCAUCUGAUGCACCACUGAUGGAAACCAGUGUGUUUGUAUAUAUGUAUAGUUAAUAGUUAUAUAUCCUGCAGUGGGUUGGUCUUAUCUGUGCAGCACUGGAUGAUGGAACACCAGAAACGAACAACUGCAUAAGGGUUUCCGGUGUUAAUCUGUUAGAUACUUUUCAUGUUUAGUAAUUGAAAUUAUUUAAAAGUUCUAUCUUUUUGUAAUCUCAAAGAUUAUGUCAACAGCUCCAAUUGGAAAAGUUAAUUCCUACAGUGCUCUGAAAAGUAAAAGGACUGUAAAAAGUGUUUGUAUGCUGACUUAAGUUUGUAGUAUAUUGAUGCAGUGUACACGAGCAUGCUGACUCUGAGUCGCAGUAAAAUGUAAGGUGCAGCUGGACCUUUAUGAAGUCACAACAUUAAAGAGCCACAAACUUCA